UGGGAGCAGAAGCACACACACAUCAAUAUUAAAGAUUUAGAUAAUCAACUUUCAGAAAUACAAUUAGCCCAAAUACUUGAGCUAGCAAGCAAGAAAAAUGGCCGGAGGUAUAGCAACAAGGUGGAGGGUUCUAAGCGGCGAAGACGAGUGGGAGGGUCUACUAGACCCUCUCGACAUUGAUCUCCGCCACUAUGUCAUUCACUACGGGGAAAGGGCGGGAGCCGUAGCCGUGGUGAACGAACCAAAGUCGAAGAACUACCGACUUCCUCGAUACUUAAAGGAACAUUUGUUCUCAAAGGUGGGUUUGCAGAGUGGUAACCCAUACAAGUACGUGGUGAAAGAAUACUUGUAUGCAGCAAUCCAUCUGCCAUUAUCGAUCGGGAAAUCAAACUUUCUCGGUUUUGUUGCGGUUACAACAGAUGAAGGAGCCAAAGUGUUGGGAAGGAGGGACGUUUUGAUUUCUUGGAGAGGAACCCAGUUGGUACAUGAGUGGCUUGUUGACGACGAUAUCGCUUUAGUUUCAGCUUCUGACAUUCUGGGAUCGAAUAACGGACUCGAUCCUUUGGUGCACCAAGGUUGGCUGUCCUACUACACUAAUAAGGACAUUUUUUCCCCACACAAUCAACUACGUAGUUGCAGAGAUCAGGUUCUAGCUGCACUUAAAUCAGUACUAGAAGAAUACAAGGAUGAAGAAAUCAGCAUUACUGUCACUGGUCACAGCAUGGGUGCUGCAAUGGCAACGUUAAACGCAACCGAUAUUGUCUGUAACGGACACAACAAACCCACAGAUCAAUCGGACAAGCAGAUUCCUGUGACAGCAAUUGUGUUUGCCAGCCCCCGACUAGGCGAUGAGGGAUUCGAGAAGGUGUUUUCUGGUCUCGAAAACCUUCACGUCUUGCGUGUCACUAAUGACCAAGAUAUUGUUCCUAAAUUACCAUAUUUGGAUGGUAAAUAUGUUCAUGUUGGAAAAGAGUUGAGAAUCGACAGUCUCAAGUCGCCCUACUUGAAGGUUAUCCCUGAAUCAGAUAAAGCAGGAAGGCUUGGCAGUUUGCACGAUGUGGAGGUUUACUUGCAUGGUGUUGCAGGGACACAGGGAAUCGAAAAUAACGAUUUUAAAUUGGAAGUGAAUCGUGAUCUCGCACUGGUAAACAAAUAUAUUGAUCUUCUGAAGGACGAACAUAAGGUAGUUGGUAGCUGGUGGACUGAGAAGAACAAGUCUAUGAUUCAAAUGGAUGAUGGCUCUUGGGUCUUGGAUGAUGGUGAGUCUUGAAUGAAGCCUAGCUAGCUAAUCGGCUUUGAAGGAACAAGUAAUAUACAAUUGCCUCUGGGUUGAAUAUGUGCAGUGUGGCAAUAUAUAUAAGGCCGCAUUUAAAUAAGAGCUCAGAAAAAGCUCCCUGUUUAGAUCAGGGUUUUUCUUCCUCUGGUUUGGUGUUGGACUGUUGGGGUUCCCAAAUCCCAACUGUUGUUUAUCAGCUUUGUGUGACUGGGCUACAUUAUCAUGUUGUUUCCAUGGCUCCUGCCUCCGGCAUAGCUUGUAGUCAAGUGUCUUUCAUUUCAAAUUUUCAAUAAACUUCUCUUAUUAUAUGAUUUUUUUA